GGUGUGGUGAAGAGAUUGCUGUAGAAAAUUGCUUCAGUUUGCGUGAGGGCUGCGUGGCCCUUUAAAUAUGUUUAAAAUUGACUUCCAAUGAACCAUUCUGCUUUGAAAUUUAUCUGUGCGCAAUCAACAUGCAAGGGAUCUAAAAAAAGAAGCGGAUUUAGCCCAAACUAGCUUGAUCAGGUCCAGCACGUUGUCGUCUCAGGUGCCGGUCAAACAGGAACAAUGAGUGAGUUGGAACAGUUGCGACAGGAAGCGGAACAGCUUCGCAAUCAGAUCCGGGAUGCUAGAAAAGCCUGCAGUGACUCCACACUUUCGCAGAUGACCGCGAGCUUGGACUCAGUGGGGCGGAUACAGAUGAGAACAAGACGCACGCUCCGAGGUCAUCUGGCCAAAAUCUACGCCAUGCACUGGGGCAGUGACUCCAGGUUACUUGUCAGUGCCUCCCAAGAUGGCAAACUCAUCAUAUGGGAUGGUUAUACGACCAACAAGAUGCACGCUAUUCCCCUGCGCUCGUCCUGGGUCAUGACCUGUGCCUACGCCCCGUCGGGGAACUACGUGGCCUGCGGAGGCCUGGACAACAUCUGCUCCACCUACAGCCUGAAAACCCGCGAGGGCAACGUCCGGGUCAACCGAGAGCUGGCUGGACACACAGGCUAUCUAUCUUGCUGUCGUUUUCUUGAUGACAAUCAGAUCAUUACCAGCUCUGGUGACACCACAUGUGCAUUGUGGGACAUUGAGACGGGCCAACAGACCACCAGUUUCACAGGACACUCGGGUGAUGUCAUGAGUCUGUCUGUCAGUCCUGAUUUAAAGACGUUCGUGUCAGGAGCCUGCGACGCUUCUGCUAAACUGUGGGACAUCAGAGACGGGAUGUGCAGGCAGUCAUUCACCGGCCACGUCUCUGAUAUAAAUGCCGUCUGCUUCUUUCCGAAUGGGAAUGCCUUCACGACGGGUUCAGACGACGCCACCUGCAGGCUGUUUGACCUGCGCGCGGAUCAGGAGCUCAUGAUGUAUUCUCACGACAACAUCAUCUGUGGCAUUACCUCUGUGGCCUUCUCCAAAAGCGGACGCCUCCUGCUGGCCGGAUACGACGACUUCAACUGCAACGUCUGGGACACUUUAAAAGGAGAACGUGCAGGUGUCCUGGCCGGUCAUGACAACAGAGUGAGCUGUUUAGGAGUUCCUGAUGAUGGGAUGGCUGUGGCCACGGGAUCAUGGGACAGUUUCCUUCGGAUCUGGAACUGAGAGCGGUAUUGAAAUCUCUGGCUCCUGCUUCCUUCGGUCCCCUUUCUGUGUCUAUCCACAGCAGUCCCUCUGUAUUCCAGUUAUUACACAUGAUUUCAGUAAGUAGAUGAAUCCCGUGGAGAAGCCGAUCAUCACCGCAGGCCACAGGAAUUCUAGGAAGAGAUUAUUAAAGUGUCAUUGUGUAAUAUGUAAAUAUUCAUGUAUAUGAAUAUAGAUAUGGUAUAUAUGUACAGCAUUAUGUGUAUGUAUAUACCAUAUAGUAUAUACAUAGUGUUCAUGUAUAUAUUUUUCUAGUUGAUCAUUUGCCCAUGAUAAUUUCAUUAAUCUAAAAAGAAUUUUUUUUUUUUUUUUGUACAUAGAAAACAACGCUAAACUAGUUGGAACAUUGCAUGUAUUACAAAAACAUUGUGAAUUUUCUGAAGUUUCAGUGCAUUGGAAAAUAAGCGUAAAACUUUUUUUUUUAUGCAGAUGAAAACCUCUGAACUUUUAUUAUGAUUUUUUUUUUUUUUUAUACACGCCACUAAAUCAAUAAUCGUUUAUUGGUGCUUGAGUUGGUUUAUAAUGAGAGCACUGAAUUUUCUCGCAGCCUUGAGAUUGAAUGUUUAACUCCAAGCAUUUUGACGCCUUGUUUUGAUUGGUAACAAAAUUUAAUUAUCGAUCUGCCAUUGAACUUCAACCUUAAAUACUAGCGAUCACAAUAUAACUAAUCCUAGUGCAUAAAUUCCUAUUCUUGGUGCUUACAAAGAAAUCUGUGCUUUGAAUGAAUUCCUAACACUUGCUUUAUCGGUUUCUAAAUUGGAAAUGCCCACAAACCCUUCUCUUAAAUUUAAAUGUUGCAGUGUUACAAAGAUGGAACAUCUUGGGGAAAAAAAAGUCUAAAUUUUUAUUGGUGUUAAUUUUUUUUUUUUUUUUGUGACCAUAGUUUCAGCAUGUAAAUGUAUUCAUACAGGUGGAAAUGAAGAACACUACCUGGUCAAGAUAAACUUCAAGUUAAACUGCUGACAAGUCACUGUAUUAGGCUUAAUUUUUCUAUGGAUCAAAAUAAACGUAGACCAGAGCGAUGAAGCAGUUUACUCACUUUCGCCAUAUUUAAGUGCCAUCGGUUCUUACAGUAUUGAUGUUAGUUUGAGAUGUGUGUCCGUAACCAGCUUAACAAGCCUCAUUAAAACGCUGAUGUUUGUGCCAUUGUUAACGCUUUUAACACGUCAUGUAACUGUGAAAAGCAUUUAAAAUAUUUCUUUUACUUUACCAUUUUAUAUAAAAGGGAAUCGGAGCUUAAAAUUAUUUUAGGGUAUUAAAACAUGGAUUUUUUUUUUUUUUUUUGUAUGAAGAUUCUUAUUAGCAUAAAUAAAAACCCUUUCACUGCUCCAUAAAGGAAUUGAUUUUAGUUUGUUUUUUGUUGAGUUUUAUGAUGAUUAACUGUGAAAAGGGAUGUCUUUGGUAAUAAUGUCUCAUUUAGAAGUCACUUUGAAUUCAGUUUAAACAUGAAUUAUGCUGGUAUUAUAAGUAUCGGUUAGAUUUAAGUCCGAUUUAUAUUGUUGGUAUUGUAGAUGUUGCAAGAUUGCAAAUCAGUGAUUCUUUUUGUGGUUGUUUUAUUAUGAACAUGUUUAGGAUUUGAGUAGUUGAUUGUGGAUCAGCUGAAAUCAACAGUUUUAACAUAUAGCUGCCAAAAGAGUGGCUGAAAUGCUGAUGUAGUCUUUCAGAGCUUUAAUGAAAACCAUUGACUUUUCCAAAUGCAUUUUUCUUUUUUUUUUUUACCAAUUAUUUCCAAUUCCAAAACACUCAAACUUGGCAACAAAAGAAAAUUUUUAGUAUUACAGUAUAUGUUAGAACCCUAAUGUUUUUAAGUAUUCAUAAGAUACUUUUGGCUCUUUGUAAGCUUCACAUUGUUUUUCUUCUUUAUUUUGAGCCAGUACAACCAGGAGUGUGGUGCCUUGUGUACUUUGACAGUGCCAUAAUUUCAAAUAAUCAUUUUUAGUAAUUGUUUCUCAACUUCUUCGUAUUUGUAAAGUAACCUGGUGAUAAUGCUGCCAUACACUGAUAUUGUAACCAAUAAAAAUACUUUUAACCACA